AUGGCGGUGAUGCUACGACGGCGGUCUCUCUCGCGCCUCGCCUUCCUCUUUGCAUUUGUGUUCAUCAUUCGACUGGUGUUCUUCCCUCCUUCACCCACGACGACCAAAACAAAGUCGGAGAACGACUAUCAGAUCAAAGAGCAUAACUUUAUCGAACGAGCAACAAGACCGGACAAGUCCCUCAAUGUCCAGAAGCAUCCGUUUUUGCAGGCGAGGAUAGGUCGAGACGAGACGGAGGAUUUGUUCACAGAGUUGAUCAACAAUGGCAUGGAAGACUAUUGGCUCAACUUUCAGCUUCCUUACAUUCUGAACAAGGAUACGUCUAGCACGGACACACAACACGUUCUUACUGCCAUCGACCAGUUACUGUCCUUGAACGGCUGGGUAGGCCAUUUAUGCCCCACGCUCGUGCGUCCUUUUGGACAGAACAAGCGCGAGAAUCUGUACGACGCACUCAUCCGCGAGGAUCACCUCUACUAUGUCGCCAUUGUCAUCCAUUCUGCCGACCACUUCCUCGUGGACCAACUCGCUGUCAUCGUCCAAAUGGCCAGACGCCUUGGGACCCACAACCUGUUUGUGUCCAUGUUGGACUAUGAUUCGUCCGAUUCGACGGAGACGCUUGUGGAUCUUUCUGAAGCGGUUUUGACGCUUCUGGGCGUUCCGUUUAGGAUUAGGAGGGUGCCUAGUAUGACGGAGGAUCCUGCGGCUGCCUAUUACCCUUUGGAGGAGGCCUACAUGCGGAACUUGGCUUUGGAACCCCUCCACGAGCUUAGGGCCAAGAGGAAGAUCGAGUUUGCGAGGGUGGUGUGGUUGAAGGGCUUCACCUGUCCUAACGACAUUUUGGAGACCAUCAAGAUCAGUUUCGAUAACGAGGCAGCGAUGGUCUGUGGGAUGGAUUGGGCGGAACACAACGGCUUCUUCAUCUUCUCUGAUAGAUGGAGGACGAGAGACAUUGAGGGUGACCAGUUCCGUCAAUCCAAAUCAUCUUCUAAACCCGAUGGUGUCCCCCCUCGCGACAAACAAGGAGCGGCGCGAUAUGCCCAACAUCUUCCCUUCCAGGUCUUCUGCUGUGAAUCUGGAACUCACGUCGUCGACCCAGCGCAAUCCUAUUACCGCGGUAUCGCCUACCGCUCCGGAACUGAUUUCCACAAUGUCAGUAUGGCGGAUGGUGCCAAUGCCAAUGCAGGAGCGGUUAUCAGGGAUCCGGAUGCGCCGUGCUUGGACAGCAGCCAGGCGUGGUUCUGUAGGGAUCUGUGGGUGUACAGCGCCCUCCAUGGGAUGAACGAGGUUGAUGAGAAGAAUAAUUUGGCGGGUAUGAGGAAGAGGGAGGUUCUGGAGGUUGCAGCGUUUGACCCCCUUAUGGAGAAGAGGGAUGCGGCUGUGGCUGCUGCUCGGGCUGUACGACGGGCGGAGGACGAGGAAACCGAGGAACAGCCUGUUGUGGAGGGACCGGCGAAUGCGGACCCUGCCCGGAGGGAUAAUGUCAAGAUCCAGCUCGGCGGUGGGGAGGAAGAGGAAGUGAAUGAUGCGGCAGUGGAUAAUCGCAAGAAGAAUGUCCAGAAGCAGGAUCAGGACGCCAAUGCUGGUUCGGACUAUGAUGCUAUACCUGCGGAGGAUGGAGGAGAGGAUGUUCCUCCGCCUGAAGUGGGAAGGCUGUCGAUACCCAAUUCGGUGUAUAGGCCUGCCAGGAUACUUGUCAACCCGAGGUGUCCGACGACGUAUGCGGGUGUCAGUCAUACGAAGCUUGCGAGGGAUUUGUUCGGAGAGGGAGAGGAGGGUGGAAGGAGUGAGAACACGAAGUAUAUUUUGGAAGAUUGGGAAGGUGCACCGGAGAGCUUUGUUUGCCAGGAGCAGAGGCAAACGGGAGGAAGGAAGGCCACCAAGAGUCAGAGACGACUUGGGUUCUCGAUACAUGACGAAUUGGAAGCUUUGAGGAGGGAGGGGAAGAUCCAACAGAGGAAGUGA